GAUGAAGAGAGGAUAGUUUGUAAAAAACCAUAAUUAAAAUAAAGAAAAAAAGAGGUGGAUCUGCGAGUACGGGCUGUUUCCGGGCGUAGAUGGUUUUUUCGAAGAAGCGCGGACAGCGGUAGAUGCCUCGGUGGGUCGACUGCUGCGCCAUCUUUCGGUGCUGGAGAAAAACUUUUCCCGUUAUAGAGUUGUUGGAGGUUGGUGGCGAUUCCGCAGCUCGGUGGUCGUCUCGCGUAAAAUCAAUAAACAACAAUGGCGGCCAGUACGGCUGGAGUCUCGCUGUCACGGCAUCGUCGAAACCGCCUCUGCCGGUAAAUCUACAUUUUGAUCCCGCGUCACCUGGAUUGGAGAAGGACCAGCCUUGGACCGAGGUCCGACCAGCUCCUCGAAGCCACUUCCAACCGUCUCCCCUUCUCCGAAAUAAUAUGGUAAAAGUGAAAGAAGACUGCGAACAGUCGAGCGGAGGACAACCGGGAAACCAGCAGUCCAACAACAAUAACAACAGCAGCAAUCCAAGAUCGCACCACCACGGGACGGACCACGAAGGCAAGAUCCCGCGUUCGGGAACAUCCAACUUGGCCACUCAACAUUUCCAUUACCAUUGGUCCUACCCGACGGCGGGGCCGAUUCCUACUGGCCAGGCUACGUUCCAUUUCGGACCCGGGUUCGAACCGCAGACCGCCCCGAAUCAGCACGUCGUCUACUUCCACGUCAACCCAGGCGUCACCGUCAGCUUCCAGAUGGGCGACAACGUCCAGACAAUUAAAGGUCCGAUGACGGUGCCUAUGGUGUCGACCAACUCGUCGCCACCGAUCGCCAUGCCUGUCCAGGUGCCUCACGGCCACGUCGUCCAGCAAAUAGUCGACGAGAGCGGCACCCUCAGGCAUGUCAUACUGUCGCCGCAGCAUCCACCGCUGCUACCUCUACCCCAGCACUUCGGCGCUGGAAACCCCAGCGGUUCGAACCAGCCCCAGGGCUUCUACCCGGGAGCGAUGCCCCACGGCUACCACUCGUUCAGCCCUCUUCCCGCCGGAGUUCUCGGUCACGGACCCCCUCAAGGACACUCGCCCCCUCCGCAUAGCUUCCAUAAAGACGAGAGAAGCCAGAAGCAAUACAAUAAGCUAAAAAAGAAGUUGGAAGCUAAGCAGCUAAGAGAGCAUCCCCUUAACACCACCCCGCCGCUAUCGCCGAGAAAAGAGCUUAAUGGAAACAGUAGGAAAGGUGUGAGUAGCGUCGGAACGUCUGAAGAUGGGGAGGAGAGUUCGAGUCUGCAGGAUGAGGAAGAAGACGUGAACUUGCUCACAGAACUGCUAGGGAACAUCAACGUUCCCCAAGUAAGUGAAGUAAUGAGCAGAACUGCGUUAGUGCAAUGGAGUGCACCGAAAGUGGACAACCCACAAGGAUUGAACUACGAAGUUUUGCUGAGCGAUAGAUGUAAAGAAGGGAAGUACAAGUCCAUUUAUUCUGGAGCUGCUCUCUCCUGCCGUAUUGAAGACUUAAAACCUGGUACUGAAUAUUUAGUCUGUGUUAGCGCUAGACUGGAUAACGUUGUUGGCUGCGCAAGUGAGCCAACACUUUUUACAACACCCCCUUGUAAGCCAGAUCCUCCUCCUGCACCGAAAUUAUCUGGACGAAAUCGACAUUCCCUCACGCUCAAGUGGUUAGCUGCUAAGGACAAUGGAUCACCAAUUGAGCGUUAUAUCAUUGAAAGUGAAUUGAAUGGAAACUGGACUGAAAUUUCCCAAAGCAAAAAUAAACAGACUGUUAUUUCUAAAUUACAACCGGCCACAUCAUACACAUUCAGAAUAGCUGCUAUUAACCAAUUUGGCAAAAGUGACUAUUCCCCAUCAGUGGAAUAUCACACCUGUGAUAGCCCUCCACCCCAACCUCUUCCUGUUACUCUCACCCAUUCUACACCGACAACUUUGACCCUCCAAUGGCAAGCAAGGCCUCAAGAUGAUGAAUUCACCCUUCAAAUGGAAGACCCAGAUUCAGAUCAUGGAUACUUGGCUGCUUAUAGCGGAAAAGAGACAUCGUACACCUGUCAUGGCCUUAAGAAAAACUCACUUUAUAAAUUUAGGUUAAAAUCCCAGAAUGAGGAUGGGGUAUCUAGAUGGUCCGAGGAAGCUUUUUUUAGCACCCUUCCAGGCCGGCCAGGGCCUCCGGGACGUCCUCAACAGGAUGGAAAAAUGCACGGGCAAAGGUGUAAGCUGAAAUGGGAGCCACCUUAUGAUAAAGGCGGUUCCACAAUCACCAAUUAUACCUUAGAGAUUUCCAAAAUUAAAGAUGGAGCAGAAUUCAAAACCGCCUAUAGAGGGGCAUUGCCUGCCUGCACCAUUGAACGCCUUGAACCUGGAUCAAAACACAGUGUUAGAGUUUGCUGUGAAGGACCUGGUGGAGUGAGUGAUUUUUCGGAGGUGGCGAUCAUAACCACUGAUCCAAUUUGUCCUGGACAGUGCCAGCCUCCGAGACUUCAUGGCAAGCCAAAACCACACAGCAUCCAUAUUAAAUGGAACUAUCCCGAAUCGGAUGGUGGCAGUCCGAUUACAGAAAUGGAAGUAGCUAUGUGCAAGAGAGUCGAGGGCAAUGAAGAAUUGGUCACAGCUUAUAAAGGAAAGGAGACUGAAUGUAUUGUUAAUGAUUUGUGUCCAGCUCAAAAUUAUGCCCUGACCGUACGGGCAAUAAACAAAGUUGGUAGGGGUCCUUGGUCUAAUCCACUGAAAGUUACCUCUGGUAACUCAACUCCUUCUCGUCCUUCGGCUCCAAAUCUGUCUCUAUCGCCUGGUGCAGUCUCCUGUUCUUGGACAGCGCCCGAUCACAAUGGAAGCCCUAUCACCCAGUAUAUUCUGCAGAUGACUACUCCUCCUUGUGAAAACUACACAUCUGUCUUUAGCGGACUAUCUACCCAAUGUGAUGUAAAAUUGGUCCCUCCUGCGACACUUUGUGUAUUUAGAUUACAGGCUGUGAACAGUUUAGGCAGUAGCAGCUGGUCGGAAUUGAGCACCAUCAUGACAAGUCCAAGUUCUCCUGGAUCCGUAACCGGUUUGAAAAGCACGGCAACUCCAACCAGUAUUUCCCUCAGCUGGGGUUUGCCAGUAUCGAACGGUGACCCUGUAACCCACUACAUUGUAGAUACUGGUGACAGUUCUACAACAGUUACAGAAACCAAUUGUGUUAUUGAAAACCUUUCUCCUGCAACAACUUACAGGAUAAGAGUGCGUGGAGUGAAUGGUGUCGGUCCCGGAUCUGUUUCCAGUCUAAGGGUCUCGACCCUCCCACUUCCUCCUCAACCUCCACAACUUUCGUGCACGACAGUGGGUCACAACUACCUGAAGCUCCGUUGGGGCUUGCCAAACUCAAAUGUCAACAACUAUACAUUUACAGUUGCGAUGACUUCCCCAUCAAGCCGAAGGACAGUCGUUUAUGAAGGCACAAAUACUAUUUGUAAGGUGUCGCGGCUUCAGGAACAGACAUCUUACAAUUUUACCAUCACAUCGGCUAACACAACUGGGAAAGGGCCUGAAAGCGAAGUGUACACCUUUACAACAUGCAUAGCACCACCACCUUAUGUUAAAGGACUCAAAGCAACAAAUGUAAGCCACCGAAGUUGUACUGUAGAAUGGGCACCAUUGAGACCACAGGGUAACGAUAGCAUAGAAUACACAGUUCAAUGCGCCCGUUUAAGAGAACAAGUCUUCAAACAGGUUUAUCAUGGAAGAGAUCCACACUGUGACGUCAAGGAUCUAGAUGCCGGAGCCGAAUACCUAUUUAGAGUCUGUGCUGUAAGGCAAAGCCCAAAAGGACCGGUCGAAGGAUCUUACUGUCAAAACAUCAACGUUUCAACACCUCCCAUCCACCAUGAAAACCCACCUCAGCACUGUGUGAGAACUCACAAUCACCAGGUAAAUCUUACCUUUAAGAGGAGGAAGAACAAACAAGACGCCAUCUCGAAACCAGUGGAUGUAAAUGAGGGGGCUGGUGGCAAUAGACCUCUAACUGACCAACAAUGGGCUGGAAUCAUCCUCUCGGUUUUUAUUGUCCUCGCUGUUCUUGUAGCAAUAAUAAUUGCACACUCCAUAUAUUAAGAUUAUUUUCCCUUAUAAUUAUAAUUUUUAAUAUUAUCAAAAUAUUUUAAAAAAAGAAAAAAAAAGGCACUCGGCAUAUCUUUGUAUGUGGUGUACCAAAUGUGAUUGUCUUUCUUUACUGCCCUAGAAAUCAAUAUUUGACUGCUGAAGGAAACAAAAUGAAAUAAGUAGCAGAAAAUUGUUGAUAUUUUACGCAAUAAUUGUGUUUUUUUGACAUUGCAAACCAUCCCUUUUAAGAAAUAUAUAUAUACGAUAAAGAUAGUAAAAAGAUGUCUAUAUUGAAAAUUAAUUGGAAUAAAAACCUAAAAAAAAUCCCAACCAAGAAGCAUAUUUUGUGCGCACAGAUGAACUUAUAUACUAAAGAGAGUUAUUUUUUAUAAAGCUUAUUCCUUGCAGUAUUUAAAUUGGUCAGCAGUGUUGAAAACACUAUAAAGAAAAUUAUAUAUAAAUAUAACUAUAUGUAAUAUAUAUAUCUUAUAGGAAAUUAUUUACAGAUGGGUAUAUGAAUUUAUUUAAAAAAAAAAAAGUUUUGUAUGUAUAUAUUAUAUAUAGAUAUAAUCUCUCUUAUUUUUUUAGUGUCUUAUAUGUAUAUAUAUUUUGUUAUAUAUACAUAUAUGUAUGACCUACUUAUUGUUUACAUUUAUAAAGUGUACAUUAUUGAAGUUAACGAAAGUAUCGUGUCUUUUGAAAUAUACAUAUUUAAUUAUUUAUUUUGUUAUUAAAAUAUUUGACGGAUUUUAUGUAUAUUCAGAUAUUGCUCAGCCAGUUAACGUGUCAAUUUACUUGCAGUUAGUGAAUUUUUUGCGAGAAUGGUUAAGACUGCAAAAGUUUGUAUUGUGGGAAUUGCAUGCAUGAGCUCGCUCUUUAAUCGUGGCCAAUCUUUUCUUCUAAUAAGAUUAAACUAAAAGCAGAAAAAAAAAAUAUAAUGCAGAUUCAUUUGUAAUGUAAUUGUAUAAUAACAAGAACAUUUUUUUGUUAAUGCUAAAUGAUCACGUUAUAAGUGGGAUGCUUAGACAAAUCUAUCUCUUUAAAUUAAUGGCCUCUUCUCUUUGAUCUGUUUAUAGGUUAAUCAGACAAAGAUGUUUUAUUGUAUCGAUAAUUUGUUUGUUCUCAUAUGAGCUUGAAAAAAAAAACCCCAAAUGUAUGGAUCCCAUCAUACUGAUAUCUUUGUGAAGCUAAAGACUGUGCAAUAUUACGGUGCUCGAAGCUUUGAUAGUUACCCUGGUUUCUUCCAGAAUUUUUAAUUUGGUAUACCAACUUUAGCUCCGCAUUAAAAGGUGCAUAAGAGAAAAAUAUCCGAGAAUCAUACGUUAUUAACACUUUUUUAAAUUAAUUGUUGUAAAUAUUUAUAUUUAUUCUAUAUUUUAUCAAUUGUUAUAUUUUUGAUUUAUAUUGUUUUUGAAAUUUUUAAUAUUAAAAUUAUACAUCCUUUCACUAUCGGCCCAAAACAAAUUUUGCCUUGUGCACCUUUUAGUUUUUCCAAUUAUUUUUUGUACGAAAAUUUGAUGUAAGUUGAUAGCGAUUGUUGAUAAAUAUUCUUAACUGUUCCAUUCCUUAUGUUAUUAUUAUUAUUAUUUUCUCAAAACCGUAUUGUCAUGACUGUUGGUGCAUUUUUCUUUUAUAAUGUUAACCUAUUAGAUUAAUUGUUACUGUUGUAUGAAAUAUCAAUUAAAAUUAACAUGAAUUGUUAAGAUUUUAGGUGCAGUCAUGAAAA